AACUCUCGAAGCGUUCUCCGUCGAGUGUUUAAAGAUUGAGUCAGCACUUUGUUUUUUUUUAUGAGAUCAAUGGUGUAUUCUGAUGAGACAGAGAUGGCCAUGGGAUCCCACAGAUUGAAUCCUCUUCACAAUUUCAAGCUGCCAUGUUUGAAGUGGGGGAAUCAGAGGCACCUGAGGUGUAUGAAACUCGGCCAUGCUUCCACCGCCGCCGUCUCUUCCUCCUCCUUCGUUGAUCUUCAUCUUCUUCGGCGUUUUCAUGUGGUUCAGAGACGCCGAUCUCCUCCGUCGUCGAAAUUUGAGGGGUUAAUGGUUGGUGGGACGAGGCGGCAAGAGUCGGAGUCGUACCCGAGCAACGACUAUGGGCGGGAGGGGCGAGUUAGGGUGACGAAAGGAGAGGCAGCGGAGGAGAUCGAGGCAGUCAGGGAGAAGAUUAUGAAGGAUCUUAAAACGGCGGCAGAUAAGAUCAAAGAUGAAAUUUUUAGAGAUAAAGCUUCCGACGGUGAUGAGGUGGAGGCCGGUGAGAACGAAUUCGAAGAGCCUAAACUCAAACGGAAAGAGAAAGAGAGGGAAAAAUCGCCGGCGGUGGAAGUGAAGGCGAGGCCGUGGAAUCUCAGGACGAGGCGCGCGGCGUGCAAGGCUCCGAUUGACGGAGGAGGAAUGAACAACAACUACAAUUAUGCGACGAGGAAUGAGGUGAUCAACUCACUCAGAGUAAGAGACAGAGGACAACCGGUGGUGUCGGCGGCGGCUGACGAGAAGAAAAGGGAACGGCCGGAAUUCUCGGUGACACUGUCGAAGCAAGAGAUCGAGGAGGAUUUCAUGGUUAUGGUUGGGCGUCGCCCUCGUAAGAGGCCAAAGAAACGCCGACGCUAUCUUCAAAAUGAAUUGGAUUCGUUGUUUCCCGGCUUACAGCUGACGGAGGUGACGGUGGAUUCUUACAAGGUUCCUGAGCUCAUUGGAAACGGCAAUGCAAGUUCGAAUAUCCAAACGCGAUGACUUCAAAAAGGGAAAGAAAAAAAACCUAAAC